AGAGAAAGAGAGAGAGAGUUUCUCCAGUAUGGCGAGAUUACACCGAGUCGGUCUGUCGUUACACCGGAGAUCUCGUGAAUGAAUCGUGAUUCAACUGCACUGAGAAUAUAAUGAGAACUCAGAGGCUGAGAUGAGAGUCUGAUGCUGGAGGGUUUUAACGGGAUCCGAGCGGCGGAAACUCGCUCCGAAGAGAGAAAUUCAUACUGGUUUGGAACAACAUAAGGGCCUCUUGAUGCUCUCACCUGACUGACUUCCAGCCGAGAUCAGGAUGAUAGAGGAGAGACGGAAGGGGAAUGUCAUGGCCGACGGGAAGCAGAUCUUCACAGACAUGAAGACGCAGAAUUAUGACACCAUCCGCCUGUCCACGUACCGCACCGCCUGCAAGCUCAGUUUCAUUCAGAAGAAAUGCAACCUGCAUCUGGUGGACGUGUGGAACAUGAUCGAGGCGUUUCGUGACAACGGUCUGAACACGCUGGACGUCUGUACUGAGAUCAGCAUGGCUCGGAUGGAGACCAUCAUCACCUGCAUCUACCAGCAGCUAAACAAACGGCUGCCCACCACACACCAGAUCAACGUCCAGCACAACACCAGCCUGCUGCUCAACUUCAUGGUGACGGCACACGACAGUGAUGCUCAGGGAAGGCUGACGGUGUUUUCUGUGAAAGUGAUGCUCUCGGUGCUGUGUGGAGGGAAACUGGUUGAUAAACUUCGCUAUAUUUUCUCUCAGAUAUCUGAUACUCAUGGUGCGAUGGUGAUGUCCAAGUUUGACCACUUCCUGCGGGAGGCGCUGAAGCUGCCCACUGUCGUAUUUGAGGGGCCGUCGUUUGGCUACAUGGAUCACUUCGCCAGAUCCUGCUUUCCUCAACAAAAGAAGGUGAUGCUGAACAUGUUUCUGGAUACUCUGAUGUUAGAUUCUCCUCCUCAGUGUCUCAUUUGGCUCCCUGUGCUGCAUCGGCUGGCAAACGUGGAGAACGUCUAUCACCCGGUGGCGUGUUCGUUCUGUCGGUCGGAGGGCAUGAUGGGAUUUCGUUACCGCUGUCAGCAGUGUUUUAACUAUCAGCUGUGUCAGAACUGUUUCUGGCGAGGUCAUGCGAGUGGAAACCACAACAACCAGCACGAGAUGAAGGAGCAUUCGUCCUGGAAAUCUCCAGCUAAGAAGUUGGGUCGUGCCAUCAGUAAAUCCUUGGGCUGUGUGCCGAGCAGAGAGCCGUCCCACCCCGUCUACCCAGAAUACCCAGAGAAACCCCUCAACCUGUCCAAUAUAGUUCCUCCCCGUCCAAUAGGAAACAUGAAUGAACCAGUUCUGCCCCCGUCUGCAGGCCCCAGCCCCACUAAGAGACCACCGACUCUAGCCGCAGCUCAGCGUAUGAAUGAAGAACAUGCUCUGAUCGCAGCGUAUGUGAACAAACUCCAGUGCAGCCCACGUGCAUUAGACAGUCCUACCCGAACGGAUGAAGAGCACAAACUCAUCGCUCGUUACGCCUCUCGUCUGGCCACGGAUCCUGGACACACAGGAAGACCUUCGGACUUCAGCUACAACACCAACAAACAGCAGAGAGAACUGAUCAUGCAGCUGGAGAACAAGAACCGGGAGAUUUUGCAGGAGAUCCAGCGUUUGCGAGCGGAGCAUGAACAGGCAUGUCAGCCAACUCCAGAGAGAGUCCAACAAAACCCAACCCUGCUGGCAGAACUCAGACAGCUCAGGCAGAGGAAGGAUGAGCUGGAGCAGAGAAUGUCGUCUCUUCAGGAGAGCAGGAGAGAGCUCAUGGUGCAGCUGGAAGGACUCAUGAAACUACUGAAGGAUGAGGAGCUGAGACAAGCUGCUCAAGCCGCUGGCUCCUCCCCCAGCCAUGCCUCCCCUCGUUCUAUGCAGAUGCCCAUUCGCUCUCCCUCGUCAGGCCCCACCCCCACACACGGAGGCCACACCCCCACCCACGGGCCCCAGGACUCUUUAGCUGGAGUGGGUGGAGAUGUUCAGGAAGCAUUUGCUCAGGGACCUCGCAGAAACCUGCGAAAUGAUCUCCUGGUGGCAGCAGACUCCAUCACAAACACCAUGUCUUCACUGGUCAAAGAGCUCAACUCAGUAGAAGAUGGAGGAGAAGAGGAUGAGAGACUGCUGCAGAGUGGCAAAGACAGAGGUUAAGCCAAAUAUGAAGCAAGCAGUGCCAUGUGUGGCAUCACCAUGCAAACGCAUCACCACAAAGACGAUGACCUCUGAACCCAGACUCAGCCAAUCAGAGAGUGUUCAGGGAUUUGACUUCCUGUGGAUUGCUUGAGAAGGAAAAUGUUUUGUUGUUUUCAAUGUUUUUUACCCUUCUUUGUUUGUGAGAUAGAGAUGCAGUUUUAAGGGUCUGUGUUGCGGACCUGCUAGUUUGAAUAGUUAUUCUCGUUUGAAUAUUGUAGCUGAUUUUGUUCAAGUUUGAAAGCUUUUGAAAAACCGAUGCACCCAAAGACGUGUCAGAUCUGACCAGAACGAGACUAAAUGGACUGAGGUGGGAACGAAAUGGAACGGAACGCAAUAGAAAAUAGAUGCAUGAUUGAAGGACGAACGUGAUGAGUUGAUUGGCUGGCUGAGGUAUGUGGGCGUGGUUUGUUGGAUGUGGGUGUGGUCAUGUUGAUUUCAAGGACGCAGUUGCUGCAAAUGCAGUAUAAAUGACCUUCUAAAGGAACUAAAUUAAAGAAAGGGUCGAGUUCAGUACUGUAAUUUAUUUUCGAUUUACUUUUUUAUUUAUUUUCAGUAGACGGACAGCAUUUUAGCAGCUUUUCCAUGUACAUUCGAGGAAAUAUUUUGGUCGUUUCAAAUAUUUGAGUUCAGAUUUUCAAGUCCAAUUCAGCAUUUAUGUAUAUUUAAGAUCAGAUUUAUUUAGUUUUACAGAUUUUCAAAUAGGUACUUUAAUAAAGAGGUGGAUGUACUGUGCUCCUAUUACUGGAGAGUUUUACCAAUUGUUAAUUUUGUUGAUUUUUUUUCUAGAAGCACUGUUUGUAGUCAAUAUUUCCUGUGAAUGGACAUUUCUUACCUACAAACAUUUGCGCGCACGUCUGACCUGCUGUGUGUUUUUCUGGAGGUGUGUGUGUACUUGUGUGCCUCUCUAUAGCCGUGUGUUUGUGCAAAGCUGGAAUGUGAAUCAUAUUGAUGCCUUAAUUUAAUUUUAAUCUUAAAUAUCUGCCAAAAAUUACUUGUUGAUUUAGUUUGUUUGAAGUCUUUCAGCUUAUUUACUCCGAUAAAAAUUAGUUUUUUUCCCCCGCCAAGUUAAUUCAUGGACUUAUUUGUUUCUGGACCUCUGCGUCAUGUGAUUCUACCUGCGGUACAUGGGGCUUAAUGACAUCACUUCCUGUGCCCUUCGGAUCAAGAGCUCUUCUGUGAAAGCUGGCUGGUUUGGUGGAGGCGAUCAUUACGGUGCCGGUAGCCGCAGUGUUUCACUCUUUCCACCGAACAACAUUUUCAUAUUUUUUUAAGAAGCAAAUUUUACAGAAAUGAGGCCGUGAUUUACAUGCAUGUGAUUUCAAGUGAUGAUUUGUUGUGUUCAGAAUAAAUGAUAUCUUGAAAACAAA